AUGUUCUCUCUCCGCUUCGCCAGACCAGCCUUCAGGGCCGGAGCCACCGCUCUCCGCGCUCCUCUGUCCCAGAGAACCUACGCCACGGCUGUUGCAGACAAGCUAAAGCUUUCUCUCGUCCUGCCCAAGGAGACCAUCUACAAGUCCGCUGAUGUCGUUCAGGUCAACAUUGCCGCUGAGUCCGGUGACAUGGGUAUCCUCUCCAGCCACGUUCCCAGCAUCGAACAAUUGAGACCCGGUCUCAUCGAGAUCAUCGAGGAGGGUGGCCAGACCAAGAAGUUCUUCCUUGCUGGUGGAUUCGCCGUCAUGCAGCCAGACUCUAACCUCAACAUCAACGCCGUCGAGGGUUUCCCUCUCGAGGACUUCAGCGCCGAUGCCGUCAAGUCCCAGCUGGCUGAGGCCCAGAGACUCGCCACCGGUACUGGAAGCGAGAAGGAAAUUGCCGAGGCCAAGGUCCAGGUAGAGGUCCUCGAGAGUCUCCAGGCUUCUUUGAAAUGA